GGCAAGGUCCGCUUUGGGGUGGACCUUGUCUUGUGGCGGCGGCGGCGAUGCCGGGCUGGGGAGCCGUGACGGCGGCCGUGGUGGCCGCUUUGGUCCUCCUGGUGGUCCCGGCCACUCGUUUGGUCCCUUACCUCUGGCCUGACCUCAUGGCCUUCGUGGCGUUGACGAGAUCUUCGUUGCGGUGUCGUCGUCGGCUCAACCGCCGCCCGCCCGUUACCCUCCUUGAGGUCUUCCGAGGCCACGCGCGGCGCCACCCGCGGCGCCGUUGCCUCCUCUUCCAAGACGAAGUGUGGACCUACGGCGACGUGGAACGGAGGAGCAACCAAGCGGCCAAGGUCUUCCGGGAGCACCUGGGGCUUCGGCCGGGUCAAAGCGUGGCCGUCUUCUUGACCAACGAGCCCGCCUACGUCUGGACCUGGUUGGCCUUGGCCAAGUUGGGCUGCGCCAUGGCCUGCGUCAACUGCCACCUGCGGGGACGCGCCCUGCGCCGCGCCGUGGCCACGGCCGGCGCCCGCCUGCUGCUCAGCACGCGCGAGCUCCACGCGGUGGUGGAGGAGGUUCUCCCGUCCCUCCGGAGCGACGGUGUCCGUGUCUUCUACCUGAGCUCGGAGUCGCCCACUCCGGGCGUGGCGGCGCUUCUUCCCACCAUCCAGGUGGCAUCUGAUGAACCUCCACCUUCCCACCACCGCGACGGCGUCACCGCCGACUCCAAAGCCGUCUACAUCUUCACCUCCGGCACUACCGGGCUCCCGAAGGCGGCGCUGAUCACGGAGCUGAAGCUGCUCUUGGUGGCCAACAUGGGGCGUCUCUGCGGUUUGAGGUCGGACGAUGUGGUCUACACGACGCUUCCGCUCUACCACUCGGCCGCUCUCCUCGUUGGCCUCGGAGGGUGUCUGGAGGUCGGAGCCACCAUGGCCCUACGGACCAAGUUCUCGGCUUCUCAAUUCUGGGACGACUGUCGCCGCUAUGAGGUCACCGUCAUCCAAUACGUGGGAGAACUGAUGAGGUACCUCUGCCACACCCCGAAGCGCCCCAACGAUCGCCACCACGGAGUGAGGAUGGCGGUGGGCAAUGGGUUACGGGCGGAGGUGUGGAAGGAGUUCCUCCAACGCUUCGGGGCCAUCUCCAUCUGGGAGUUCUACGGAGCCACCGAGGGCAACGCCGGCUUCAUCAACUACACCGGGAAGAUCGGAGCGGUGGGGAGGGCCAACGCCUUCCUCAAGUUCUUCGUUCCCUUUGAACUGAUCAAAUACAACGUGGAGGAGGACCGACCCCAACGCGACGAGCGAGGGCUCUGCAUCCGCGUCCAUCCCGGGGAGACGGGGCUGUUGGUGGUUAAAAUCACCAGGAACGCCCCUUUCCACGGCUACGCCGGCGACGCCCAGAAGACGGAGAAGAAGAUCUUGAGGGACGUCUUGGUCAAAGGCGACUCUUAUUUCAAUAGCGGUGACCUCCUCCGGAUGGACCACGAAAGGUUCCUCUACUUCCAAGAUCGUGUAGGAGACACUUUCCGUUGGAAAGGGGAGAACGUGGCCACGACGGAGGUGGAAGCCACUCUCGCCAUGGUCAACUUCAUCCAGGAGGUCAACGUCUACGGAGUGGCUGUUCCAGGGUGUGAGGGCAGGUGUGGGAUGGCGGCCAUCUGCCUGAAGGAUGGGACCUCCUUCGAGGGUGACAACCUCUACGCCUUCACCAGGGACACGUUGCCCACCUACGCCGCCCCCGUCUUCAUCCGGAUCCAGGACGCUCUGGAGGUCACGGGGACCUUCAAGCAGUGCAAAGGCCAAUUGGUCAAGGAAGGCUUUGACCCCACCGUCAUCUCCGAUCCCUUAUUCUUCCGCGAUGACCGCCGGAAGUCCUACGUUCCCCUCCACCGCCACCUCUACGAGGCCAUCCGGGAUAUGAAGGUCCACCUGUAGAAGACAAAGCCACCGCCGCGUCCCCUCCUGGAGUGCCCGGAGAGGACCUCUUUGGGGCCAAAGGAGGCGCUUUGGGGGUCGGAGCCGCGCGUGGCUCCGAACCGCCACGGCCGCGGGAAUUAAAGG